AUGAAGUCCAACAGCUCAGAAGAUUGCUUACAGCUGAUUGGCUCGUUCUGCGGUGACUCAUCCAUCCAGAGCCAAACCCAACAGCGACCCCCGCAGGAGGACAUGUGUCACUGCAGUGACAGUGCGCCGCCUGCUGGGUGGAAGCUGCAGCGCAGUGGAAACCCCACAGGGACAAACAAACUUCAGAGGGAGGAGGAGGAAGAGGAGGAAGAGGCUGCUUAUAAAGCCACCGCGCUGCACAUGUGGAGCCACAGAAACAGGAUUCAUGCUCAGCUCAGGUUCCUCUGCGGAUUAUUCCUCAUUUCACAAAAGAUGGAUUUUAAACUCUGGAUCUCCGCGCUGUGCGUGACGCUCUGCGCAGCUCUGUGUGCGCCAGCCUCAGAGACGCGCUCCGCGGCACCUGCCAGCGCGCAGCGCCAUGUGCGCAACAAGCGCUGCUCCUGCGCAACGUUCCUGGACAAGGAGUGCGUCUACUUCUGCCACCUGGACAUCAUCUGGGUCAACACACCUGAGCGCGUGGUCUCCUACGGACUCGGGAACGCGCCUCGGGCCAAGCGCGACCUGUCGGUCUCCACGGCAUCCACGCGCGCGCCCAGAUGUCGAUGUCUGCAUGGAAAUGACAGCAGCUGCGUGAACUUCUGCCUCAGGUCAGAGAUGACGACGGGCGCGCGCAUUCGUUCCCCAGGUCACGCGCGGACAGACCACACGGGCGAACCCGACAGGCCUGAGGGCGUGUUCGGAGCGGUCCGGCGGAUCCGCCUGCUGCUGGAGAAAUGGCCGGCGCGGCGGCGUCACCGGGCCGGAGCGUGGCAGGGCGAGAGCGCCGCAUCCUAAACGGGACGCGUCUCCUCAGAGUUCAGACUGAAACACGCGGCAGCAGAGCCGUAACUGGAGCUGAGCGGCGCCAGGGGCCGGGGGCAGACACCUGGGCUGCAGCGGAAAACACCUGGACCCGAUUCCCAGAGCGCGAACAGAGACUCACACCUUCAGGGAUUCCAGCUGCAGUCUCACGGGAAACACGGAAGAGUCGCAAAACCUCAAUAUUUCCUGGUCAGACACAAAUGGUCGGUUUUUUAUGACUCGAAACAGGAGCUGCAUCCCAUGUAGGAUGCAAAGAAAUUGAGAUUCAGAGAAGAAAAUCUGAUUUUCAUCCUGGAAGCUUUUUUUCAUCUACUUGUUAUUUUUACAGCCUGAAUUAUGUUAGAAGUUUAGAUAGUUUGUAUUUUUAAAACAAAAACUGUUUAUUUGGUCAGUAAGAUUUUCAUUUUGUCUGAAAUGUAUUUAAAGUCUAAAAAAUGUAAAGUAACUAAAGUGUUUAAGUCUAAAAUAUGAUGGAAACUGUUCCACAUUUUCCCGAUCCGCUCCAUGUUUUCCCGAUCCGCUCCAUGUUUACCCGAUCCGCUCCAUGUUUUCCUGAUCCGUUCCAUGUUUUUCCUGAUCGGCUCCAUGUUUUCCCGAUCCGCUCCAUGUUUUCCUGAUCCGUUCCAUGUUUUUCUGAUCCGCUCCAUGUUUUCCGUUUUGAGGCCGUUUUUAUCUGGAAAACGACUCGGUCUCGGACUCGGAGUCAGAGUGGGACUCUGAGAGAAACAUUUUUAAAAAAACGCGAGGAAGAGGAGCUGAGGUGAUGAUGAUGAUGUCAGUGAAGGUGCUCCGGUUUUCCUCGGACUCGACUGAAACCAGAACCGCUGGACUUUUUUUCUCUUCACUCCUGUUAUUUAUGUUUUCCUCUCUGAUUUAUUUAUUAAUUCCUGCGGAGGCCAUAUUGGUCCGUCUCAUGUUUGUCGGGUUCAUUUCUGUGAAAUGGUGCCGAAUUCUGGCCAAUAAAAUUUAUUUAUCACUAACA